AUGAUUAAGAUAGCAGGUAUAUUCACUUUAAUAAUGAUAAGUUACUAAAUAGUUUAAGUUAUAUCCAUAGAUUAGCAAAAUUAGAACUUUAAUGUAAGCACCCCUUACACUAAGCUAGAUUAUUCAGAUAUUCAAUAAAUGUUUAUUCAAUAUUCUAAGCUUUAUCCUGAUUAUAUUAGGCUAAAAUAUAUUAAUGAUGAAUCUUCGAUUGAUUUUUCUUAAACUAAAUGUGGAAGAUAUCUAUAGCAAAAAGAUUGUCUUUAUUUCUAUGCAGAAAUUACAAAUUUUAAAAACAAUUAAAAUAAUUACACAAAUAUUCCACAGGUACUUUUGACUGGUGGUCUCUAGGGAAACAACACUUUGGGUUCAAAUAUAGUUACAUACUUAGCUGAAUAUCUACUAAAAAAUACUAAUAGUACAAAAAUCAUCCAACUACUUUCAGAGAGGCUUAUCAUUCUUUACCCAAUCCCAAAUCCUUAAGGUUUUCAAUAAUAUAGCUCUUAAGAGACACAAUAAAACGGUAGAAGAAUUAAUGUUGAAUUUGACUUUCCUUAUUUUGUAGGCUAGUAAGGAGAAAAAACUUUAGAUUGUUUACAAAGUGUAUCUGCUAAGGCGUUGACUUACUUAUUCUAAACCUACCUAUUUACCUUAGGAGCUAGUUUUAACCUAGGAGAAACUCCGUCUAUUCAAUAUCCUUUACCUGCUGCAAUAAAUUAGUAGAGUAAAGAAAUUAUUUAAUCUAUUUAAUAAUCAAUUACUGAAAGUUUACAAAAGAAUUCUCCAGCUAAUUCUUUUCUAAGUAUUUCUAAUUACAACAUAUAAUCAUUAAAUAGCUAAAAUUAAUAAGCUAAAAGUUAUUAUGAAUGGGCUAAUAUAAUGGCAUACAACCAAAACCUUAAUCCUUCUUUAAAUUAGCUUCCAAUUUGUAAAGAAGUGCAGCUAUCCUAGUAAUCUAUAACUAUGCAAUCAAAUUAAUGUCUCCUGUUCAAAAUAGUUUGCAACAGAUAAGAACCAACCGAGUAAACUUAUGGUGAUAAAGAAUCUAGCAGUAAUCCUUAUUCAACUAAUAUUGGUCAUAUUUCAAGGAAUAUAUAACUAGCACAAUAAUUGAUAGAAAUGGCUGCUCCAUUUAUAGUAUCAUAAGUUAGCAUUAAUAAUAACAAUAAUGUUUAUCUUUAGUGGUUUGUAGAUGGAUGCUUUAAUGUGAGCAAUACAUAGUUAUUUUAUAGGGUCUAAGACAAGCUAAUAGUUUAACAAAAAGUAGAUAAAUACACUAAUAUAGAUGAAAUAAGCUAAGAUUUUAUUCUAGCUAAAUCUUUUAUCAAUUAACCUGGCUACUUAAUUGGUGGCCAAAAUUAAUAUUAACAUUCUUGGAAUUUCUAGAAUGAAACAGUUAUUGAUAUUAUAAUCACAGCAUCAUGCGAUUAAUAAUGGUCGGAAUCAGGAGACUAGUAAAAUAAUUCAGCAUUUAUUCAGCUACGCACAAAUCCAAACUAUUCUACUUCGAAUUAAAAUUUUAACAUUUCUUCAAAAUAAACAAUAUUCAAAAGAAUUCCAUAAGUUCAGAGCAUCUAAAAUAAAAUGUCUUUGUGUAAAAUUUAUAAAUAAAUUCCUUUAUCAAAUCAUUCUAAUUCAUUAUUAAAUAGAGUAAUAAUAGUAGGCUUUAAAAAAUUAAUAGCACCAAGAGACUUUCUAAUUCUGGAUGGGAAUCUUAGCAGGCCUAGGAGGCUUAUUGAUAAUCCUAAUAAUAGUAGGAAUAUACAUAAAAUGCAAAGACAAAUACACUGA